AUGGCGGUCGCUAUCGUCGGCGUCGCCGCCGUCGCGGCGGCCGCGGCCGUCGCCGCCGGGGCGGUCUUCUUAAUGCUACGGGAUCAAGACACCUUCUGGCGAGAGACGGAACCGCAACUGCAACUGGAUCAGCAGCGAGGGGGGGACAGCACGCCCCUGGCAAACCCCAGUACGGCUCAUCCCGAAAUCCCAUACAACACGGCACCAACGAGCCAUCAAAGCCCAGCAUCGUCACCGAGCGACACCCCGCCUUCCUCCGCCCCCUGCGGCGUGUGCAACCAGGAAACUCACGUUGCCCGCGAGUGCAUCAGGGCCAACGCCGACGGCCUGCUCGCCGCAUGCACGCUCUGCAACUCCACGGACCACCUGAUCGACGAGUGCCACAAAUGGCUCCAGCUGAGCUUCGAGGGCCAGUUUCGGGUGUGCUUCACGGAGCGGGCCAAGCUCCCGCAGCUGCUCAUGAAGAAUAUGAAUGACGCGUAUGCCCUCAUCGACGCGUGGUGGAGGACUGGACGACCGCUGCCCCGAGAUUUUCCCUGGUCUGGGGGGUUUGUCAAGAAGCUUCGAGAAGAGAAGCGUUGGAACUUGGCCGUUCAAUGCUACGAAGGGCCUUUUCGCUUCGACGCGUCCGGAAACGAAGUCGACCAAGGACGCACAAGGGAAGUCGGCAUCGCAAUGCUCUCGCAGCGGAUAGGUCCGCAGCCUUUCACGACUUGA